GGAGGGGCGGCCGGGGCAGCGGGCGGCCGCGGGGACGCCGCCUCCCGGUCCAACGUGCUGCCGGGGAAACGGCGCGGGGCCGGCGGCGCUUGGGCAACCUCGCGGGGGGCGCCGCGGCCUCCGGGGGGUCCGAGAGGCGCUGCCACGUGGGCGGCGGGGCCGCGUGGGUGCGCCCCGGGGUCGGCAUCGCGGGGCGGGAGGAGCGUGGCUUGCGGCCGGGCCGGUGACCAGACGUGUCUCCCUGGAUCCGUUCUGCAGCGGGGCGCAGGGCACCAGCGAGCGCCCACCCGAAGCCGACCCAGCAUGAGCGAAUUUCCCUGUAAAAAACGUGACGACUAUUUGGAAUGGCCUGAGUAUUUCAUGGCAGUGGCCUUCUUAUCGGCACAGAGGAGCAAAGAUCCAAAUUCCCAGGUCGGAGCCUGCAUCGUGAAUGCAGAAAACAAGAUUGUGGGCAUUGGGUACAAUGGAAUGCCAAAUGGAUGUAGUGAUGACCUCUUGCCUUGGAGGAGGACAGCGGAGAGUAUACUGGAUACCAAAUACCCUUACGUGUGCCACGCCGAGCUGAAUGCCAUUAUGAACAAAAACUCAGCAGAUGUGAAAGGCUGUACCAUGUAUGUCGCCUUGUUCCCGUGUAAUGAAUGUGCUAAGCUCAUCAUCCAGGCAGGGAUAAAAGAAGUCAUUUUCAUGUCUGAUAAAUACCACGACAGCAAAGAGACGACAGCCGCGAGGCUCAUGUUUGAAAUGGCCGGGGUUUCCUUCAGGAAAUUCACACCAAAGUGCAGCCAGAUUGUCAUUGACUUUGAUUCAAUUAACAGCAGACCGAGCCAGAAGCUCCAGUGAGUUACAUCUCAUUAAAUCUCCAGAAGAUUGGCAUUGUCCUCUUCUAAGAAGCUGCGAAUGCCUUUCAUCGUAAAGUUACACAUAACUUUUUAAUAGCCGGGACGGCAAAAGUCGACAUCUGAAGAAUGUAAAAGCUCACAUCUUCCUGACUCGCUCCCUGUCACGUGGAAUCUGCAUCUGUUGAAACCAUCGAUUUAGGGUUUAAAAGGAAGGAGCUGUGGGUGCGCCCGGGGCCGGAGCGGCGCCUCCCCUCCCGUCCCCCGGUUCGCUGGGACGCGCGUGGUUGCGCAGACGGGCGUCAGCCGUGCGUCGCCCACUGCGUUUCACAGCCGCUCUUCGGCGCCACGUGUGCUGGGAGGACGGACGAAUAACUGUGGCUGAGUUCCUAGCGGGAUGAGCAGACACGCUGAUCUGAACAUCGGGCCGAAUGAAGCGUCGCAUGUAACGCCCUUGGGGAAAGGAAAGGAGCCGCAAGACGCAGCGUUUAAGUGUUUGCCUUCGAGAGCUGAGGGAGCCCCCAGCCGCCCAGCCGCCCACCCGGAAGCCCUGGACGGGGUGCGCCUUCGUCCCGGCAGAUGACGAGUGCAACCGAGCGGGCGUUCUUUCCGGCUCUGCUGGCCUGCUCCCCACAGGGCGGUGCGCGGAGCGCCGCUGCGCCGCGGGGACCUCUGUUGUUCGUGCUUCUUACUCUGGCUUUGUGGGUGACGCGGAGCUCUUACAUGAGUGUAUGUGAGUAAUGAGUCGUUCCCGGGGAAGGCAGCCCGUCGCCCUGCGUUGCCCCCAGGUCCACAGCCUGCCCGGGGGGCGGAGGCCCGCACCGGCUGCCCCACGUGCCAGCACGGUUCAUUUCCAGGGCUGCUGUCUCCUAUCCUGUAAGUGAAAGGGAUGUGAGGAGACGUCAGUUCCGUCCACAUCUCUUGGUGCUGGGAGCUCACUUGUGCUCCUGGCGCCCUGCCUUCACUGACACGCAUCUCACCUUCCUAAUCACUUCGAUUUGGGGAAUGGGUAGCAGUGCACCUUGUCUUUAAUCUCAUUUCACUUUUAUUCAACGUGCUCAGUACCUUCGCUGAGAAAAUGGUUUCUUUAUCCUAAAGAUCAUGACCGUUUUAAAGUGCUCUUACAUCUUUAUGAGUUUUUAUUUUGUCUCUUGAGUUUUGGAUUCCAUAUUCUGGGGCAUUUGUAAUUUGGCUUCUUACCAACAUUAUUAAAAUCUUAUUAAAAUCCGCCACACCGAGGUAUGCUCAUUUUUAUGUUAUAAUUAUGUGCCUGACAAUCCGUUUGUCAUUUCUGUGUUGUCUGUGAAGCACGCUGCAUAUGUUUUAAUGCUCAGAGAGCAGUUUGAGGCACGGAUGCGGUGUGCCUUCCCCAGGGCUGAAGGGCGAUGCGUCUCUGUGGACCAGAUUGAAGAUGUCCAGGAAGGCUCUCUUCCCUCUCUCUCCCCAGCGUGCCCUGCUCCUGUCUCAGGUGUGGCCAUCUGACAGGUCAUCUCCGCCACCUGACAGGUCCCAGGCCUCCUCCCUCCGUCUCCAGUGCUGGCUUAUCUGCUGCUUUCCUACCGUAUUCUUUUUCUAAAUCUCCUUUUCUCGCCUCAAAUUUUUUCUCUCUUAUCUCCUCCAAACCCCCUGCCCUCUGCUCUAAAAUGCAUAAAACAAAAACAAAAGGUAUGUAGAAGCAAGAAAUCAGUAAAGAUAUUGAAAGAUAGAAAAUAUGUUAGAUUUUUCUGUUGCUGUGAAUGAGUUGUGAGCCCUUUUAGCAAGAAGUAUGUUGUUGUUUAUGUCACAUUCGUAAAUAUGUCUAGGGGCUAGCACCCCAUACGGUCAGCCCUCUGUGUUGACGGAUUUCUGCAGCUGCGGAUUCAACCAACCUCACAUCGAAAAUGUUCAGAAAAAAAAUUCCAGAAAGUUCCAAAAAGCAAAACUCGGGUUUGCCGUGCACCUCACAGGCAGAUACUGCGUGUUUUAUGUAUUGGAGGUCGGUGGCAGCCCUUCUUGGAGCAGGUCUCUCGGCGCCAUUUUUUCAGCAGCAUCUGCACACUUUGUGUCUCUGCAUCACAUUUUGAUAAUUCUCACAAUAUUUUAAACUUUUUCUUUAUUAACGUUUAUUAUGGUGAUCCGUGAUCUUUGAGGUUACUGUUGCAAAAAGAUUAUACGACUCACUGAAGGUUCUGAUGAUGGUUAGCAUUUUUUAGCACUAAAGUAUUUUUUGAUUAAGGUAUGUGCAUUUUUUAGACAUAAUGCUGUUACACACUUAAUAA